GCGCCGUGGGCGAUAGUGUUGGGUUGCAUCCUCGGACGGGGGUCUCAGUAAUCCACAGCUAUACCUGGACUACUCUGCUUCGCCUGCAAUGGAAGACCCGGCACCUCGGGUGGAGAGGCCGCCAACCAUAAAGGGGAGCAGGCGGACGCAUACCAAGUCACGACAGGGCUGCUUCGAAUGCAAACGACGAAAAGUCAAGUGUGACGAGGAAAAGCCGCACUGCAGCGGAUGUGCAAAACGCUUAAUUCCUUGCCAGUACCCCGUUGCAGGUCAAGUCUCACGCGAGAGAGACGCUCCAGCACCGGUAUUGAGGCCUGAGUGGUCUCACCACUUAAGCAUUUCGUCGCCGUACCCAGCCGGUAUCUCUCCUCGGGAUCAUGGCGCAGUCCCCUCGUCGGCAGCGUCCUCUAGAUCUUUGCCUGAUGUUAGCAAGUCCCCUGUUCUCCCCCUUCCAACCCGAGGCGUCGGGAAUUUUGGCAUGGAAGAUAUGGCACUGUGGCACCAAUUUGUUACAGCCACAGCCGCAACCGUAGCAAAGGCUGGGGAGAAAGAGCUUCCUCUCCAAGCUUUGGGCUGCGACUAUCUUAUGCACGGUAUCUUGGCAACAGCUGCUUUGCAUCUUGCAUAUCUAGAUCCGGCGCAGCAAGAUAAAUACAACUAUCUAGCAGCCCACCAUCAAGAUCUGGCCCUUGGACCCUUUCGACAAGCCAUGUCCAAUAUAACUCCGGAGAACUGCAACCAGGUCUUCGCAUUUUCAAUACUGAUGGUAGUCUUCAACUACGCAUCAUUUCGGUCCCCGGAACACCUCCUCCCGUUCUCAAAUGCUUCUUCGUAUAAGGGGCUUUCAAGCUGGGUCGUCUGUCUUCGCGGAUGCGCAUCCAUCUUCCAACAGGCCGGGUCUCAUAUCAUGUCCGGUCCUCUUAGGUUUCUGAUCGCACAAGAGGACUGGACGUCAAGUUUUACGGCACCACCCCCUCGAACUCCGCCAACUGAAGACGACGAAAGUCUGCAAUAUCUGUCGGAUAAUCUCCUCGGCUUGCCGUCUGUCAAAAGCUCUACGACUGUUGAAGCCAUGGAAGCUUAUACGGAUGCGAUAUUUCGGCUUCGCCGAUUGCUUGCGGCGUCCUCUCAGACGACCGACAUUGUGAGCAGACGUGCUAUGAGUUCAGUCUGGGCUGCGACUGUUCCUGACACCUUCGUUUGGCUCCUGAAUGAGCAGAGACCGCCGGCGCUCAUCAUCAUGGGUCAUUAUUGUUUACUACUCAAGAAAUGCGACGCAUGCUGGUAUAUGGAACAUCGCGCGUACGACUUGUUUGAGGCUGUUCGGCAGAGCCUAGCUGAGGAAUGGCUGCCGUAUCUCGAACAUCCACUGCGAGUUUUCAAAGGACGAUCUUGAGUACUCGUUGAUCAAUUUUCAGAUGGUGGAACGCCCAUCGCUGACGUCGCAUGCAUCAAAUUCAAUGCGCACAUACCGUGAGCAUUUCAGUUUCCGUUAUUCCCACGCGGCACAAGAUGAAGGAUAUUUUAUCUUUACAG